ACUACCACUCACAGCAUGAGUAUAGGGCCACUCAGGAUAGAUAUGGGUGGGUAAUAAAUGAACUAAAAUGAACCGGGGAUUCGCAGGCAUCAGUGUUGAGAGACACCUGGCGGCCUCAGCCUCAGUCGUCAGCCAGCAGCUGCUGGGAGCAGUACACUCUUUCCUGUUGUUCUGUAGACUUUUGCACGAUGGGGGCUGAGAGCGGCUCACUGCUUGCUGGGGCUCCGUCGCGGUCGCCCUGGAGGCCGUGGGCGUGUCUGGCGCUGGCGGUGAUGGCGGCGGCGUCCGUGGAGGCGACUUCGCGGGUGAAGGUGGCUAAGGGCGGGGGCUACGAGGGCGUGGUGGUGGGCGUGUCUCCCGAUGUUCGCCAGGAUCCUCGCCUCAUCGACAGGAUCAAGGACGCCAUGAGAGAUGCCUCGAAGCACCUCUUCAACAUCUCCAACCACAAGAUCUACUUCAGAAAUAUUACCAUUGUCUUGCCCAAAUAUUGGACUAUGACGGGUAACGUUUACAAUGCCACCACUGCUGAGAACUUUAAGGAGAGUGACAUUCGCGUGGCCCCAGAGAACAGCAUCUAUGGGGACCAGCCCUACACCCUCCAGAUGGGGGAGUGUGGGCACCCCGGCCUCUACACCCAUGUUACUCCAGCCUACCUCACACACUCCCACUUCGUUACCUGGUGGGACCCAGAGGGGAUUAAGAUGCUUUUAGAAGCUCAGGUUAGAUAG